AUGAGGCGCCAGCAGCGAAAGCACGAGGAAAAGAGAGGUGCACCGGAAGUUGAAGCCAAUUUGUGCCGGACGCUGGAUUUACAGAACGUCCGUUUGAACGAUCGUCCGUGUGGCGUUGGGGGCUUUAUGCCUAACAAGAGGAACGAGACAACAUCAAAGUCCGAGAUACCUUACUUGGAUACGCCAGAGAUCUCGAGCUCUGCGUCGUCCGGAGCCGAGUGCGAGGAGUGCUCAGACCUACUUGACAAGUGGAAGAGCACGUCCGAGAUGGAUCGGGUGCUGCGAGUCCUCCAGCCACUGAGUUUCAGUGCGCAGUAUCGACUCCAUCGACUCGGAGGCUUAGAUUUAGCAAAGGCAGUGCCGAGCUUUGUCUACCGAGUCUUUCGCGCUGAAAAAAAGAGACAGUAUAGCGGGGACGCUACUGCCGGCAGUGCAGGUGGCAACUACCAACGUCCAAGGGUACUACAGCGCGACUCCAACGGAACUCAUCCGCGCCAACCGACGUAUUACUACAUAUAA